CAUCAUGACGUUUCCUAAUAUCUCACUUAGUUUUGGCUUUUUGAAUUUUGGUCCCAUCGAGAUUUCUGGAGAUUUUAUUCUGUUUAAUAAUUUAUGUACCUCAGUUGUUGCACUUGCAGCUAAUGUCUAUCACAGAGAUCUGAAGCCAAAGAACAAACUGGCAAAUGAAAACUGUAAAAAUGUAGAUUUGUGAUUUUGGAUUAGGAAGGGGUUUCAUUUAGUGAUAGCCCCACAUCAAUCUUUUGAAGGGUAUGGUGCACAAGAUGUCUCUCUAAGAGUCUUUCUCUUCUCCUAAAGUCAGUUUGUAUAUUCUCAAACCUUAUUAUCUAUUAAAUUUACUGUAUGUUGCUAUAAGAUAGUAUACCGCUCCACUACUUUGUGGAUGUUUCCGUUCCAAGUUGCUUCUCUAUAUAAGCCUUUCUUUCAAUUUUUGUAUUACUGCCAGCUAAUUUUGGUGGAUUUGGAUUUUUAGUAUACACCCGCCAUUAAUAUAUGGAGUAUAUGCUGCAUCUUUUCCGGAGUAUUAGUGAGAAAUCCACUUUCCCUGGAAAGAAUGUGGUUCACCAGAUGGAUCUUAUGACUGAUCUGCUGGGGAAACCUUCCAUGGACACCAUCUCCUGGGAAUGAGAAGGCAAGGUGGUACUUAACAAGCACAGACAUCUCAAGCGCAGAGUAGACCUCUCAUGAAACAGAGUCUCUCAAAGGAAGGAAACAUGUGGAGAUCAAAUUAGGAGUAGACCUCUCUUCUUUCGUAGUGCAGGCAUAUCAAGCGCAGUUCUUCAUAGUUCAUACUGAAGACAAAAUAUUUACAUAUAAGGAUCAAGAGGUAUGGCGGAAAACGUCCGCUUUCUCUGGUUAAGAUUAAGACAACAUGGGAUAUACUUGGCGCGAAGCUUACAUGGAGAGAAUCAAAACGGCCGGUCUGUGAAAGCGGUGGGAAAAUGGGUUCGGUGGUUAAGGGCAAGAGAGUCUGUUUUGGUACUAUCUUCAGUUCGUUCCUCUGUUCGAGGUUUUCAUAGAUACAGCUUUUCUCAGAUGUCAAGGAAUGGCGCAAGCAGUGCUUAACUGCAGAACCACUCCCGGGAAGCUUUACGUCGGGGUAGGAGAUCCUAAUGCUGAUCAUAAAUGCUGGGAACGGCCUGAAGAUAUGGACACACCUCAUACAGUCUAUUCUGUAUCCCCUUCUAACCCCGGUUCUGACGUAGCAGCUGAAACUGCAGCAGCUCUGGCCGCAGCUUCUAUGGUUUUCAAGGAAGUUGAUUCUGCGUACUCGCUUUUGCUGCUGGCAACAGCUAAGAAUGUGAUGCAGUUUGCCAUUCAGUACAGAGGAAGUUAUAGUGAUUCCCUUUCUUCAUCUGUCUGUCCUUUCUACUGCUCCUACUCUGGUUACAAGGACGAGCUAAUGUGGGGUGCGGCCUGGCUGCUGAAAGCAACCGAUGACUCGAAUUACAAAAACUUCAUACAAUCUCUAGGAGGUGGAGAUCAUCCUGACAUCUUCAACUGGGACAACAAAUAUGCUGGCGCUUAUGUUCUUCUUUCACAGCAAGCAUUAGUUAACAAUGACAACACCUUUGAUCAAUACAAGCAAGAAGCUGAGAGCUUCAUAUGCAAGAUCCUCCCAAAUACUCCCUCUUCGUCUACCAGUUACACUCCAGGAGGCUUGAUGUACAACUACAACUUACCUCAGAGCAACCUUCAACACGUAAUGGCCAUAACAUUCUUGCUCACAACCUACGCCAAGUACAUGAAAGCCACACAACACACGUUCAACUGAAGAAACUCCGUUAACAUCCCCGACACCUUGAUAAGCUUAUCGAAGCAACAAGUGGAUUAUAUACUCGGCAAGAAUCCGGCCAAGAUGUCGUAUAUGGUUGAUAAGCUUAUCGAAGCAACAAGCAUAAUUUUGGAAUGUUAGGGUUUGUGAGAGUAAUGAAGGACCAUAAGAGGUUGCACUGCUGCUGCCAUGGCUGAUGGAGAAAGAGCUACUGUUUAUGAUUCAGUUGAGACCCUGGUUAGGCCAGUAACACUGGAGAGGAAGAAAUAGAUUAAUAGGAGAGGAGUUCUGCCAUGAAGACACGCAAAGACUACAGCAACUUCUCAGUGAAAACCAUGUUCUGGUUUUUAUAUUUUUAUGUGUAUUUCAAAUUUCAACUAUACUCUGCAUUCUCAAGUUAAAAUUUAUUUUCGUUU